UUCAGUCAGCAAUUUUCUUGCGGAAAAGUUCAAUUUUCAGUGAUUAAAUGUGAAAAAUUCGAAAAAAAAACUCAUAAAAUUGUAGCAUUAAACUUAAAAAAGACCUUGAGUAAAUUUGUGUAAUCUUUGAAAAAAUAUAAUACUGCCAUUGUAAUCAUCUGAAUGUGUGUUUCAAUGAAUAAGAUGAGAGAUGAUCAAGAGUUUAAUAUAAUGUUCGUGAAAAUUAUCGAACGCGAACGCAGUUUGUACGAUAAAUCAUUGCCAGAAUAUCGAAGCAAAGAAGAGCACGAACGAAUUUGGCUAAAAAUCUCAACUGAAGUCAAUGAAAGUGUGGCUCAUUGCAAAGAACGUUGGAGAAAUCUUCGAGCGUGUUUAACUCGACAUUUGAAGCAACAACAAACGUCGUCAGAAGAUGGUUCAGUAAAUCAUAAACCAUAUUAUUUGGCUGAGCAUAUGAAUUUUCUGUUGCCAUAUACAAAGAGUCGAUCGGUGAAAGAGCAAAUUAAAUACGAAACACCAGUGUUGGAAGACCACAAACCAUCAACGUCCAAAUUGGCAAAAGUGAGUACUGGUGGCACAACCACAACGACUUACACAAUUUCAACAGCUGAUUCAGAUGAGAAUCAAUAUGUGACACUGAUUCAAACGUCAACUGGUGAAGUGACACCAGUCACCGAUGCACUGGAUGAGGCCCAUAUACAGGUCGAAACAGAAACAGAAACCGAACAAAAGACAAUUGUUGAUCAAGCAUUCACGAGCUCUAAUAGUGUUGUCUCGCCCAAAGAACAUUUACAAGAGAUUAUCUAUGAACCCGUACCAACAAAACGCAUAAAAGUCUCCCAAGAAACUGACGACGCUGAUUUGGAUUUCUUCCGCAGUUUAUUACCUGACAUUCGUUGCAUGAGCGCAUCACAAAAGCGUCGCUUUAAAAUGGGCAUUUUUGGAUUAAUCGAUAACGUUCUUACCAAUAAUGAUAUCCACUCUUAAAUCAAUUCAUAUUUUAAAAAAAUUGUGUAUAUUUUUGAAGAAAACCUGAACUCUUC